CGGAAAAUGUUACUUCUUCAACAGAAUUCUACUUCCACCUAUUGGCUUAUUGCUUUCACUGACUGACGGACGAGUGGAUGUAGUACAAAGAACACCUGUUUUACCUACAUUUUUAUGAGUUUUGAGUUCGACCACAGUGUGUACCCGUAAAAGUGGUCAAGGAGGAGCUCUGACAAAAUCUAAAAGUAACCAAAUAUCUAGUCGUCUCUGGUAGAGGGAGAGAGUAUUUUGCGGAGUGGUCAAGUCUCUACUUACAUCACGGGGUUUUUUAAAAAAUUGUGAGUGGUUGUUGUGACAAACUGGGAAAGUGAUAUAAACUAUGGCGGAAAGUAGGGGAAGUUUACUAGCCAAAUCAGUGCAGAAACAUGCAGGCAGGGCUAAAGAAAAGUUACUACAAAAUCUGGGGAAAGUUGAUCGGACGGCAGACGAAAUUUUCGACGAGCAUUUACAAAAUUUCACAAGACAACAGAAUGCAGCAAAUAGACUUCAAAAAGAAUUUAAUAAUUAUAUUAGGUGUAUAAGAGCGUGCCAGGCAGCUUCAAAAACUCUCCUAGAAGCUAUUGGGGAAAUAUACGAGAGCCAGUGGACCGGCCACGAUCUUGUCUACGUGCAAACACAGUCGGUAGAUAUGUUAUGGCAGGACUUCAGUCACAAAUUAGCGGACCAAGUUUUACUUCCAUUGAAUACGUACCAAGGACAGUUCCCAGAAAUGAGGAAAAAAAUUGACAAAAGAGGUCGUAAACUGGUCGACUACGACAGUCAACGACAUAGCUUCCAAGCCCUCCAGACGAACAUGAAAAAGAGAGACGAAGCUAAAAUCGCGAAAGGCAGAGAACAAUUAGAAGAAGCCAAAAGGACGUACGAAAUAUUGAAUUCGGAACUACACGACGAACUGCCGGCCCUUUAUGAUUCCAGAGUUCUUUUCCUCGUCACGAAUCUCCAAUCGCUUUUCAAUGCUGAGCUCACCUUCCACACGGAAACGUCUAAAGUAUUUGGUGAACUGGAGGCCAUCGUCGACAAAUUGGCGACUGACAGCCAAAGAGGUUCGUAUAGUAUUAAAAAAACGAAUGGAGCUAGUCUUCCACGUCCGACAAGUUUUCCCAAAGACUCUCCAGAGCUGAUAAUCAACAACACAUCCCCCAUCAACUCAUCCCCAAGAGCCGAAGAACCCGCAUCAUCUCCCAUCAAAAAAGAAUCCUCUCCAACGAAACCAGAUUAUUCCCCCCCUGUUACUCCUAAUAAGUCCGAUGAGAAUCUUGCCGUUCAAUUGCCCACCGAUCCCAUAACACUACCUUCUUCACCCAAACCAGAACUGAAUGGUACCACCACCCCAGACGGUAAAAAAUCCCCCUCCCCAGAGCCAGCAGCUACCGCUGACAAGCCAGCUACUAACAAUGCAGACAAUAAAAAAGUCGAGGAACUCUAUGAUAUCCCUGUGGGUGCAAGCACCGAGAAUCUGCCACCUGGAGUUCUCUAUAGAGUUAAAUCUACUUACAAGUACACGAGAGAAGAUGUUGAUGAACUGUCAUUUGAUGUUGGCGAAAUCAUUUCUGUUAUAGAAUAUGAUGAUCCAGAAGAACAGGAAGAGGGAUGGCUCAUGGGCAUGAAAGAAAAUGGCGACAAGGGGAUGUUUCCUGCAAAUUUCACCAGGCCCCUUUAAGGUGUAUAAUCAAAAAAUCCCUGAGAGUAAUUCUAUUAUAAUUAUUUGAAUGUCGGAUAUUUGGCGUGUUAUUUUUCACACGCUGUGUAUAAUGAACAAGUGCCUUAAUUCAUAUAUUUUUUAUAGUUUUUUUUUAAUGUUGGAUUUUUAUUUUAACAUCGAAUACCUAAUUAAUUAAUUGUUGUUUUUUGAUUCAUUGUUAUCUCUUUAUAGAAUCUAUAACUGUUUGAAUACUCAGUAAAAAUUCUAUGAAUGCUUGAAUUUUUUUGUUGGAUAAAAAUUGAGGUGUGAAAUUUCAGACCCCUAUUUUUUGUAAUCAAUAUUUUUCUGGCUUUGUAGCUAACCCAAUUGUUUCUUAUUAUUGAAAACACUCGGUCUUCCAUUAUUAAAAUUACUACAUUCGUUCAAUAUCCAACUAUUGAAUAUUAAAAGAAAUAUUAUAUAGUUUUCAAAAUCAUGUAACGACUGUUUUUCUUGUAUCAUAUUUAGAGCACGCUGAACAUAUUUGAAAUCGUCUAUCUUUUGACUUGCUUGAAAUUUGCUCAAAUAAAUUUGAACGUCGCAUAGUAAGCUGAAUCUAGUCAAAGAUAUGAUGAAGAUCUUCAUCAGGAGAUCAUUCCCAUUUUUUUCCGAAAAUUGUUCAUAGUACCGUGCCUUAUCUGAUUCUUGUUAUUUUGAUUAGUGGCAGAAUUGACUUUAGCAAAUAUAAUUUUCAUAUCGUGACAAUUUCAAAAUUUUUACCUAUUAUCUGUUGGAAAUACGUUCUGUCACUGAUAUUUGAAGUUGGGGUGCUCCCAUAGUAUUGUGGAUUUCACUGUUAAGAUUUCUGCAGCAUUUUCUACAUAUAAUGAAGUAGCAAUACCAAUUCUAUUUUUUAUUGUCGCAUUCAGAAAUUAUUAAAUUAAUGGGAAGAUCAAGAUCAACAUUCUAUGGCAGCACUCGAAUUGUAAACUGGCUAAGGAAUGUUAUUAUAUGUAUUCUGAUAUUGUGCGAUAGAUUUUAACUUAUUUUUAUUCUCUUUAAUUAUGUUGUAAUAUUUUAUUAACUUAUUAUGUAGUGUAUGUUUGAUUAAUUAUGAAAUAAAGUAUAAAUACUUCA